AUGAAGUCUCUCCGAUUCCUUAGUGCCGAAGCAUUCGUGUCAAAUGAAGAGUUUGCCAGGAAGAGUCUCAGCGUUGUUGCCCAUAAUCUUUUUCCUCUUCUUUUUAAAGCCAGCUACUUACUGGAGCAAGGGCAAGUGAUUCAUGACUUGGUAGAGAACUGGCCACUUGUUGACUUUAACAUGGGAAAACUUUUGGGAGCUACUGUGGACUACCAGGAAGACUUGAGCCAUAGAACAUGCUCAGUGUGCUUGGAAAGCUGUCUAACAGGGCUGAGAGACUAUGUGCUGAAUAAUUUUUCUCCCUACAGGAAAAGGUUGAAAGUGGUUGACCUGACAGGUAUAAAAGAUGUUGAAGUUCAGUUUUGUGAGUGCAAGAAGACAAUGGGCAGGUGGGCCAGGACGCAGCUGCUCUCCAAGCUUUGUUUAGAAUUGGUGGUUUACCUGCAACAAGCACAGUGCAAUCCAGGUACAUUUGAAACCAGUAUUGAUGUGCUAAUUGACUUGUUUGUUACAGAGAGGAACUAUGAGCUGGUCCUGGAGGCCCUGUUGAAGAAAUGCUGUUGUCCACUGAAGAUCUGCUGUGUAGCAUUCAGAUCUGACAACCUGACCCUGCAGAAAUUCUUCUACAUCAUAAAACUCACGGAUCCCUCUUUGUUGCGCAAACUGGAAAUAGUUCACAAUGUUCGCUUGGAAAUGGAACACUUGGAAAUACUCUUCAACAGUAUCCACUUCCCUCUAUUGAUGUCCUUGACCUUGCCAGCACGAACAUUUAAUGUGCAGAGGUUCACAGCUACAGAUGAACAGAUGCUUACUAAUAUUGGAGAAAAGUUGGGUGAAAUGACACACCUCACUGAGCUGUGUAUGUCAUUUUCUAUACUCACAGGAAGAAUACAGAAACUGCUCAGCCCAUUAAAAACUCCACUGAAGAUGCUGGAUGUUUCUAACUGCUCACUGAACCAUGCUGAUAUGGCCUAUUUAGCCAAUAGCUUCCAUGCUAAUCACUUAGAAGCCCUGGACCUGAGUGGUCAUGAUAUACCUGAACUUUACCCAUCAACAUUCUUUAAGCUGCUCAGCCAUUCCUCUUCAGUGCUCAGAAGUCUUACCCUGGAGGACUGUAACAUCCAAGAUACUCAUGUCAACAUGUUGAUUUUAGGUUUAAGCCCUUGCCAGAAAUUACAUGAGUUCAAGUUUGUGGGAAACCCACUGUCAUCCCAAGCACUUAAACAUCUUUUCACAUUUCUCUGUGAAUUGCCAAUGCUGAAAAAUGUGGAGUUCCCAGUUCCAAGGGACUGCUACCCUAUUGGCAUCACCUACCCCAUUGAUGAUGCCAGUGUUUGCAGAUUUGAUCACCAAAAAUACGAAAGUAUAGCAGAGGAUCUUAACCUCAUUUUACUGCAAGCAAAUAGGGAGGAUGUGAAGGCUUCAACACCACUCUUUGGGAGUUAUGAUGCAGCUGUUCAGGAGACAAACAACGAACUGGGAACUUACUUGAUCAAGUCCUUCAAAGAGACUUUAGAAAAGUUCACUACUUCUUUUAACAAAAUGAGUUAAAGUUGUAACAUAGUGGUGAUGAUAAUGCUCUGUCAAAUCAGAAGUUAGUUUAAUUUUUCCUGGAACUGCACCUUCAAUCAUCAGUCAUGUAUUUUCUUUAAUUUUUCAGCUGAAUUUAUUAUUGUUUGAAUAGCCUCUGAUCACCUGAGUUAUUGUAACUUAUGAUAUAUUUAUUGCAUGCACCUUACAAAGCACUACAUGCUCACAAGAGGGGAGGACACUUAAUAGCUUAUUAUUUUAUACAAAAGAACUUUGUUUCUCAGUAUAGCAAUAAGUAUUUAAGCUUGGCUGAUUUCUUAUGCAGGUUCCUCUGGAUUUGGCAAUGAGGCUUGCAGCCCUGCAAAAAAGGCAGGAAAGUCCUUUCUCAAGUCCAGCAGGAUGUCCCAAAGGUUGUGCACAUAUCCUUAUCUGUGGCUCCUGAAAUUAAUUUUUUUUUGCCCUGGGCCUUCUGAAUUCACCAAUCUGUGUUUUAUCCAGUACACUCCCAAUAGUGGGGGACAUGCAACAGCCUCCACGUCCCUGUGCCUCUCUUUCUUGUGCAGAGGCAGGAACAAUAAACACAAUUUUUCUAAUAUAUUGUGCUGGUGAGGACUAAAAUUCCAUACCAAGGAGGUGGCAAACCAAGCGGUUGGCUGACAGGAGAGGA